GCAUAUAUAUAAUAUACUCAUGUAUAUUUAAAAGAGACACUGAUUGCAUAUAAGACACGAAGAUUGCCAAGAUUUUAGAGAUGUAUUUGUCAAGAUUCCUGUCGAUCCAUGCCCUGUGGGUUACAGUGUCCUCUGUGAUGCAGCCCUACCUUUUAGUGUGGGGACAUUAUGAUGUAUGUAAGAGUCUGAUUUACACAGAAGAAGGGAAAGUUUGGGAUUACACGGCCUGCCAGCCAGAAUCCACGGACAUGACAAAGUAUCUGAAAGUGAAACUGGAUCCUCCGGAUAUUACCUGUGGAGACCCUCCAGAGUCAUUCUGUGCAAUGGGCAACCCUUACAUGUGCAAUAAUGAGUGUGAUGCAAGUACCCCUGAACUGGCACACCCUCCUGAGCUGAUGUUUGAUUUUGAAGGAAGACAUCCCUCCACAUUUUGGCAGUCUGCUACUUGGAAGGAGUACCCCAAACCUCUCCAGGUUAACAUCACCCUGUCUUGGAGCAAAACCAUUGAACUCACAGACAACAUAGUUAUUACCUUUGAAUCGGGGCGUCCAGACCAAAUGAUCCUAGAGAAAUCUCUCGAUUACGGACGAACAUGGCAGCCCUAUCAGUAUUACGCCACAGACUGCCUACAUGCAUUCCACAUGGACCCGAAAUCCGUGAAGGAUUUAUCUCAGCACACGGUCUUAGAAAUCAUUUGCACAGAAGAGUACUCCACCGGGUACUCCACGAAUAGCAAAAUAAUCCACUUCGAGAUCAAAGACAGGUUUGCGUUUUUUGCUGGACCUCGGCUACGAAAUAUGGCUUCCCUCUAUGGACAGCUGGAUACAACCAAGAAACUCAGAGAUUUCUUCACAGUCACGGACCUGAGAAUCAGGCUGUUGAGACCUGCCGUUGGGGAAGUAUUUGUAGAUGAACUACAUUUGGCACGCUACUUUUAUGCGAUCUCAGACAUAAAGGUGCGAGGAAGGUGCAAGUGCAACCUGCAUGCUACUUCGUGUUUGUAUGACAACAGCAAACUGACAUGUGAAUGUGAGCACAACACUACAGGUCCAGACUGUGGGAAAUGUAAGAAGAAUUACCAGGGCCGACCUUGGAGUCCAGGCUCAUACCUCCCCAUCCCCAAAGGCACUGCAAACACCUGUAUCCCCAGCAUUUCCAGUAUUGGUACUCCUCCAAAGUUUAAUAGGAUAUGGCCGAAUAUUUCUUCCCUUGAGGUUUCUAACCCAAAACAAGAGUGUUAUUGUAACCCUUUGGGUUCAAUCCAUGAUCGUUGUAAUGGCUCAGGAUUUUGUGAGUGUAAGACUGGAACGACAGGGCCUAAAUGUGAUGAGUGUCUGCCAGGAAAUUCCUGGUACUACGGCUGUCAACCUAAUGUCUGCGACAAUGAGCUCCUGCACUGCCAGAAUGGAGGGACCUGCCAGAACAAUGUGCGCUGCGCGUGCCCAGACGCUUACACUGGCAUCCUCUGUGAGAAGCUACGGUGCGAAGAGGCGGGCAGCUGUGGCUCCGACUCUGGACAGGGAGCACCCCCGCGGGGCUCCCUAGCACUGCUGCUGCUGACAGCGCUGCUGGGGACUGCCAGUCCCCUGGUGUUCUAGGGGUCACACCCAGCCCUCCGACAGGCCUGUGCUGUGGGGACGCAAACACAACCCAAGCGAUUGCUACUGACAGAAAACACGCACACCCACUCCAACACAGUGUAUAAAAGAAGAGGGCCUAACUGAACUAAGCCAUAUCUCUCAGAACCGGACAGCACAUCGCACAUCGGAGUCAAGACUGUUCAUCACUGACUCCAGAGGAAUUGGCAGCUGUUGUUAUUAUCACUGCAAAUCUCAUUGCCAGCUGCAGAGCUGAUUGCGGAUAGGAAAGGCUGUGAGAGCGCCCCCAAAAGGAAAGACGAAAAACAAACUGAUCAACCAACCUAAAAACAUUCGCUACUCUACCUUGGUGCACCCGGAGUACCGCUCUGCUCAGUGUGUGGGCCAACCAAAUAAAAGCACUCUUCGCUGUCAGGUGCAUUGUGGGUAAUAAGGAAAUCUGUUACAAGCUGCCAUAUUGGCCUGCUUCAGCCCCCCUCAAAUCCCUUCCAACCUGUGCUUUAGUGAACGUUGCUCUGUAACCCUUGUUGGUUGAAAGAUUUCUUUGUCUGAUGUUAGUGAUACACAUGUGUAACAGCCCCCUCCAAAGCGCAAGCCAGUCAUGCCCCUGUAUAUUUUAGCAGCACUGCGAUCCCAGUGCCAGCUCACAUCCACUUCACAAGAGUGGUUAGAGGAAAAGAGAAAGUGUAUCUAUCCUUUUGUAUUCAAAUGAAGUUAUUUUUCUUGAAAUAAUGUAAUAUGUAGAUUUUUUGUAUUAUUGCCAAUUUAUGUUACCAGACAAUCUGUUAAUGUAUCUAAUUCGAAUCAGCAAAGACUGACGUUUGAUUUUUGGUCCUCUUUGGUUUUGUUUCGUUUCGUCGUGCAGAGAUUUCUCUGUAAGGGCAACGAGCGUGCUGGCAUCAAAGAAUAUCGGUUUACAUAUAGCAAGUGUAAUAAGAUUCCACCAAAGGACAUUUUAAAUGUUUUCUUGUUGCUUUAACACUGGAAGAUUUAAAGAAUAAAAAUUCCUGCAGAAAUGAUAUCAGGAAAUUGUAUGGCCGUUUCUUAAGCUGAAAGGAGCAACCACCCAGCAGUUUCCCAGUUACGUCACUGAUUUUGUGUGGACUGAACACAGUCAGCUGACAACUUUAGUAACCAGGAAGAUGGAUUGAUGGUCACUAGCUUGGACAACGUCUGCAAAAUAUGAGACUAUUUUCCACCUGGGAAAAAAUUAUAACCACAAAAACAGAGAGAAAGAAAUAUCUAAGUGAUUGCCAAGAUUAUGCCAAAGCCUGUUGGCAGAGCACUAAGAGACUUUUAUUUUUAAGUCAUGCUAUUUUCACAGAUUUAUGGUGAUCAUGUGACUCUAGGGAUGCCGAUCUAUGUAUCCUUCCAAAUACAGUGUUUACAUGGAGUAUCAUAAGAGGCCACCUGGGGAACCAGGACAGCAGCAGGGAAAUUGAGUGAUUAGCAAUUUGACUUUGAAUAUAUUCUAAGUAUUUAAAUGAAAUAUCAAAAUAUACAGCAGCAAGUAGACAUAACUGCUGUUCCUGAAAAUAAAGUCUGUUUCAAGUACUGCCCAAGGUGUAAUAAAUUCUUGUUUCUGCCUUU